GCGACAAUCUCUUGAAGUUCUGUCCAUAUAUUUCGUGCGACGAGUGUCAGGAAAUGACCGGUGCGGGCACAAAGUGCGUGUAGUGAAGCGUUGUGGAGCGACGUCAUACAACGCACUCCGCAUCAAUUGACUUGAACAAGUCGUCCGACCCCUCGAUCGUAAUUCUCCCGGUUUACAUAGCACGACAUUCAGGCUUCUUGAAUCCUUGGCUCUCCCCUCACACAGGGUUUCCCUAUCCCCACGCUCUCCCUCCCCUUCGCUGAUCUACCCUGCUACCAUCCAGCGUCACCUUUGACGUUGUGUGGUCCCGUUCAACAUGAGUGACAUUCAGACCCGACCAUUCUCAAAGAAUUACAGUGGUCUCCUUAACCAGUCUGUCAUUGCGAUUGGACUCAUUGUAGUUGCGGUCACCUGCCAUGAGAUUGCGAAGCGGAAGCGGAGAGGCCGCCACCUGCGCUCAGAGCCUCUUGGGAGCGUGGAGUCAUGGCAGUUUGGCUACCUCUACCAAGGUAGAUCGUGGGCAAAGAAACCUUCACCUCCAUCACCGAUUGGUUGGCCGCUAGCAUGGCUGAAGGAUAGUCUGAACUUUCCUCCGGAAAGGCUUAAUGCGCUACGAGGGGUUGAUGCGACAUUGUAUUUACGAUUUCUGAAGGGAUGCAUGUUCUUUGUUUUGCUUCACACCUUCACCACCGUUCCAAUCCUUCUACCUAUCCACGUUCAUUUCUCUCCCGAUGACGUUCCUACCAGAUCCAUGAUUCGAGCUUCAAUAUCCUCCCUAGUGCUCACAGAAGCUGGGAAAAAACUCCUCUGGAUUCAUAUCUGUAUAACAUAUUGGAUCGCCAUAUCUUGGGUUGGAACCCUGAUUUACAUCAUCAACGGAGCCUUCGACUUCAGGAAAACUCAGAUCGAGGCUGCUGCGCGCCGAGCCGCGUCCCACUCUGCCACAGAGAAAGAUGCACAAUAUCACCCUCACCCUCAUCCACAGUUCCCCUUUCAGGAUAUACCUCCCUUGGACAAUGAUCAUUCUAACCGUGGUAUACGGUGGCGCACUGUGAUGAUAUCUAACAUACCGGUUCAGCUGCGUUCGGAAAAGGAGCUUCGAGAAUACUUCGAGUUCUACAUGUCGCAGCCCUUGGACAGGCCUUCUGUCGGACUUCCAUCGUCGUCGACACAACCAGGGAUACUUAACAAGCUCUUCGCCUUCGGCUUCAACCGCGCAAAACAACUUCCAAAUCACCUAUCUAACCCCCUGGCAACCAACAACUCAGUCGGCACUACUACUCAAAGCGAGCUCUCUUCCCCGCAAGUACGACCCGCCAAUGAGGACAUACCCGUGAUAGAUCGCGUCGUCGUGGCACGGAAGAUGACAGAACUAGCGUCAUUGCUACAGCGCCGCGAGGACAUUCUCAAACAGCUCGAGACGGCGCAUCUCAAACUCGCGAAGAAGGUUUUGGUCGCUGUAUACUACGCCAUGCAGGAUGAAGCGCGGGGAAGCAGGCAAAAGUCAAAGCGUAUGUCGAAAGCGCCAGCCAAAGCGGAUAUUAGCGAGAACGACAAGACUGAUGACGCGGAUGACCAUAUGGGAUUGCUCAUCUGCGCUUUGGGCCCCUUCUUGGACGAGCUCCAAGUCGGCAAGAUCGCUAUGUCCGCUUCAGAUAAACUAACAGAUAAACUGAAAAGGUUUUACCGUAAGCUGAAGUGGCAUCCAACGGACCACAACUUGGAGGUUCUGGUCAAGCCAGGACUGUAUGCAAAUGGAUAUGACAAACAAGGAAGAACCAUUUGGGAUGUUCUUCUGAGUCUGCCACGAGAAGUAUUGGACCCGUACCAGCCCCUUAUCCACUUGUCUGUCCUGUUCCGCGGGCGCACCGUCCCCUCCAUUGACUACUAUACUGCCAAGCUGAACCUGCUUACCUCCCUCAUCACCGAAAAUCGUUCGCGGGCCGUCAACGACUUUGCACCUGUGUCGACCGCUUUCGUGACCUUUGCCGACCCUAAAGAUGCCCGGAAGGCUUGCAAGUAUCUUGCAGUGCACCCGAAAAACCCUAUGGCCUGCCUCGUGACCAUGGCCCCUCAGUACGAAGACCUGGAUUGGACACGGGUCAUGAAGUCAACAUACCGAGUGGAGAUUCUCAAGGACCUUUCCAUCAACAUUGGAGUUUGGGGUUUCACUAUUUUCUGGCUGUUUCCCGUUUCCUUGUUCGUCGGUCUGGUAUCCAUUACGAACAUCUCUACUUUCUGGCCACAGCUGUCGAACUACCUCUCGCAACACCCAUGGGAGGAGGAAGUCAUCCAGUCCUUCGUACCCACGAUCUUGGUCGCCUUGCUCACGAUUCUCGUCCCUCUGCUGCUACUUCUCAUUGCUAAGAAAGGUCACACCAUCACGACUCUUUCCGCGCUUCAUGACUUGAUCAUGACUCGAUAUUACAAGUUCCUCAUCGUGAACGUCCUCGUGUUCUUCUGUGUUGGUACCGCCGCUAUUCAAUCGGUGCUGACUUCAGUUAAAGAGUUCAAGGAAGAGACGAUAUUGAAUAUCGUUAAAGAGAGUUUCCCUAGCGCAGGGCCAUUCUACGUUGGCUGGCUGAUCUUUACUACCGCAAUGCAUUCUUCUUUCGAAAUCGUUAUGUUUGGACUUCCACUAUUCGUUUAUCCUAAUACGCAGCGCCAAGUCACUCCUCGGAAACGAGCAGUAGGAAUCAGGCCACGUACCUACAACUAUUAUUACUGGCUUCCUAAUCACCUGCUUAUCAUACACAUCUUACUAUUAUUUGCUGUCCUCAAUCCUCUUGUCAUUCCGUUUGGGCUAAUCUACUUUGCUGUCGCAAAUGCUGUUAUCAAGAACCAGUUGCUCCACGUGUAUGCGAAGAACUAUGAAUGCAAUGGCCACAUGUUAUUGAUUCGAAUGGUUCGCUAUUCUAUGGACGGGCUUUUGCUUGCUCAGUCCGUUUUUCUUGCAUAUAUGGUUGUUUUGAAGGAGAAAGUCAACUAUGCUCUGGCUGCUGUUCUCAUCAUUCUCACAGUGUCAACGAAAGUUAUUAUAACUCGGAUGUGUCGUGCUCGUUUUGAGAGGGACGACCUUCUCGAGGCGGAAAUCACAUGUGGUACCGCGAGUGUCAAUGAUUUUGAAGAGAUCCAGGAGCACGAAGCCCCAGCUGACCUGGAAGCCCAUCGCUCUCUGACAGAGCAUAACUUGGAUCGCCACGACCGCCCAAAAUCUGGUUUCCGCACCUGGCGACAUAUGCCCGAGUGGAUGAACUUCUCAUACAACGAGCAUCCUCAGCGCAAGAACCACCAGACGCAACGAAGGCAACCCAUACCUUUCGGUAUGCAGCGACCGGCGUUUUCGAGGCUAAGCUCCAUGGACCAAGAGAGAAAACAAGGUGUCGAGUUCCCUCGGGAUUCCCAUCAGAGCACGACCAAUCGCAAGAUGCGCUCUGUCUUUGGCGGCCCUCUCGUGACUACACCUUCGAAUGAGGAAGUGCCAAAACUGAACUUGCAACAUGGUCCUCUGGUAGAAAAAUACCCUCCGCACCCUGCCUGGGAUGACACAGCUCGUUAUGACAUCCCGUACGAGAACCCUUUUUACAACCGGCCUAUCAGCAAUGCUCUGUGGCUACCACGAGAUCCCUGCGGGCUUCUUGACCUCGAUGAUACUGUCGUGGUCCGCCAGUCCUUGACCAGCGAGCUGGCAGCAGGAGAGCUAGGUGUUUGGUUCGGCGCUGACCUGUCUACGGUAUCCCCUAUGGCGAGCCCUGCGCCGUUCGCGGCUCGCGAACUUGUUUCUAGCAUCCACAACUCCACGUCACGGCUUAGUGGCUAUGAGGAUAUCGACCUCCCUCCAGCCAUCCAAGAUCGCGUAUCACACAUUGAACACGAAGACGAUGUUGAACAUGCGGGACGCGAGACCAGACCGUCUCUAUUCAGCCGUCGACGGAUGGGAACCAGCCGGUCACAAACCUUUGAUGUCCGUGGACGUGAAGGCGGCAGUCUUCUGACCACCGAGUUUGGUUCGCGCCGCCCGCGGACUGCUUCCUCUUUCACGACGAAUACAACACCGUCGAGCGCACGACCAUUCUUGCCUCCUGGAGACCCAGGCUCAAAGCCGGAUUUACAUGCCCAAGCCGAGUUCGCCCGGUCCGCGACGGGUUUAUCAGCGGCUGCCGCACAGUCGAGAAACGUUACGACGCGCGAGGCAGUGGUCAACGAGGUCAUUGUCGAGGAGCAGAUCGCCGCGGAGGAGCGGCUGCGGCAGGAGGAGGCGGAGGCGGAGCCAGUAUCCACGUUCAUGCACACCUGGACGCCGUCGUGGUUCCUCUCUCGCAGGGGACGAUGAGACAAAGACGUCAAAUGCCGAACACUGAGCACACCAAGUUGUGUGCCCGCAUUCUGUAUUCAUUAUAUCUCACCUUCAUCUUCAUCUUCAUAUUGAUUUCCCAUGAUACCCCGCAUUGCAAUUGUAUCAAACACUUUAGUUUUCUUUCCCAUAGGUACUUGGAAUUUCGGAUAUAUAAUGAUACAUGGCGCUUCAGUUGCUUCA